CCUUCAUGAGCGCUCCACUGAGCGCCGGAGCAACAUCGCAGCCAACGACGCGAGAAGGAGCCCGCUCUUGGCACGAGGCAGCAGCCAAUCAGCGCGCUGGUUUCCCUUCAGCAUCCCGGACGGACCGAACCGCGCAAGAGCCGCGCACUUGAGUUCAGGCAGCGGGGACCGAAGAGGACUGCGGGACUCCGCGGCGCCAUCACGCUUUUUUGAAUUUAAGCAAGCAGGAGGAAGAGGAGGAGGAGGAGGAAGAGGGGGAUCACGUCGACAGCACAAAGAGAAAACAGAAGUCAGCAAAUCCAAGCACCGCACAGAAGGAAACAAAUUCCAGCACGAGCAUGGCAGACCACAAAGUCAACUCGGAUGACUUUAAAGUCCAGACAGCCAAACAUCCUAACAUGGCCUCGGCCCCUUUACGGCCGCACAGCGAACAGUCUAAAGACCGGCUCUCCAAAAGGCUUUCGACUGAGUCCAACGGGACCAGUGAAGGCGGCGCCGGCUCGUCCACACCAGUGGAGGUGACCGCUUUGGAAGAGUCCUUUCGCCGCUUCGCCAUCCACGGUGACACUCGCGCCACCGGCAAGGACAUGCACGGCAAGAACUGGUCCAAGCUCUGCAAGGACUGUGGCGUGAUUGACGGCAAGAACAUCACCCUCACUGACGUUGACAUCGUGUUCAGCAAAGUCAAGAAGAAAUCCUGUCGCACCAUCACAUACGAUGAGUUCAAGGUCGCACUCGGAGAGCUGGCCAGGAAAAAAUACAAAGAAAAGCCCGGGGAGGAGGCCGAGGCCGAGGUCUUCCAGCUGAUCGAGGGGAAAGCGCCUGUCAUCGCAGGAGUUACGCGAGCCGUGGCUUCCCCGACAGUGAGCCGCCUGACGGACCCGACCAAGUUCACCGGGUCACACAAGGAGCGCUUUGAUAACACCGGGCGUGGGAAGGGUAAGGCGGGACGAGUGGACAUGGUUGACACUUCGGGAUACGUCUCGGGGUACAAACAUCGAGGGUCCUACGAAAAGAAAGUGAAUAAACCUACAGAUGGCAAACCCAUGUGAGGAAACGAACAUUUGAUCAACUCCUAGGGUCAUUUUCUAGUAAAUUAAUAAUCAAAGAAAGCACAAAAGAAUAGAAUUUCUUAUAUAUUUCAACCCAUCUAUGUUGUGUCUGUGUGUGUCUGUGUGUGUGUGUGAGAGAGAGAUGCUUUAGAGUUCCUCUCUUUGAGAAGUGUGAGAACUGGAAAACUGUUUACAUCUAUUUUUACCAAGUCGUCACCAGCUGGUACAUUCCUGUCUGAAUGCAAGUUACUGCCAAACACUGAAGAGAACACGAGAGAAAACCGCUAUGCCAUGAAUACUGACGCUUUGUUGUUACGAUCGGGCCUUAUAUUUAUUGAGCACAAUGAACAACAUGCCAAGAAAAACAAGUGGCACAAAAGUUAACAACAUUGCACUUUCCAAUUGAGUUCUUUUUCUAAUCCUGUACGCAGUUGGGGAAAUGUAUUUUUCCUUUGAGUUUAAGUAAGAAUUAGCUUUUUUUUAAAUACUGUAUUGUUAAUGCUUAGUCUUUUGAACGAUGUGUCCAACUUCUGUGUUAAUUGUCUGUCUGCCAUCCCUACUAGUGAACCUAACUCUUUAGGAAAUCUGCUGUUCAUUUUAUUUUUUAGUCUCACUAUCGACUGAAUAAUUUGCAUUCAGGUCAAACCAAGAAAAUAUAUAUGAAAGGGUUUUGUCAGUUUGUUUCAAAGGGUUUUGAAAACUGUACUUUUUUGAAUAUGUAACAAACACAUGAGAACCCCACUUUCAAACGUGGCUGCUUACACUUCAACAAAACAAACAAUAGGAUAAUCUAUUUUCUCUCAAAACCAUUUUUCCAACAUGUUUUUACAUUUUAAAUUGUUUAAAUCAAACUACAACGUGAGAGCUUAGGUUUUUAAGAUUGUAUUUUUAACAUUUUACUUAUAUUUCCUCAUCAGAUUUCUAUACAGUAGUUCUAAUAUAUUUGUGGUUAUAGCCACAUGGCAUAAUUUAUAACACUGGCUUCCUAUGUGGUUUUUCUGUAUUGCUGUACUCUGUGCAUGUUUAUGUAUAUUGCAUUUGAUUCAGAAGCAUAUAGAUGACAGGAGUGUGUCAUAUCUGAACUGCUAUGAGUACAAACUACUGGGCAGAAAUAAUUUAUAUUAAAAUACAGUGUGAUCAAUUUGUGGGAUAAUGAUAAAAUCUUGUUUGCUUGUAAUCAAUAUGUACCAACUUGUACAUACAAAGUCAGCUAUGCUCCAAUCUUAUAUUUGUCUAUGGGUAAAGAUUUGGAGUACAUUGUAGGUGUAGUACCGUCCUGUAAAGCAAACAAAAGCGGGUUUUUUAAAUGUUGUAGUCACACCUGUAUCAGAUAAAAGGGAACAUUUUGCAAACAAGUAAUACAAUUUUGUAGAAUAUUUUUCCAACAGUGACUGUUUGCGUCACACACUACCUGUAGCCUCAGCUGAUGACGAAUCGUGCGUCAUGCAAAUAUAGCAGCUAUUAGUGCGUUUGUUUUGUCUGCUGCAGUAGCCUGAUCUGUUUUCUGUGCUGAAUGCCAAAUACAUGCACCUUUAAUGUGGAGGAACAAUAUUGUCUUAUCUUUCAAUAACUUUUAAUGUACUAUUGUGCCCUUGUGCAUGCAGUGUGUUUUUGUUCUUUAGACUUCUUAAUGCGUGUUCAUGAUUUGUAAUGCAUUACUUAAAAUAAAAAUAAAACACACCCAGAACAUCCGCUUAGUCGGUAACCGGGUGUCAGUCAAAAACACAA